AUAAAGAUUUGGACAUGGUAUUGGGUGACAAGCCAGAAAAGAUAUCGGAUGCAGAUUGGGCAGGUUUGGAUCGAAAAGCAAUGUCCGUGAUCCGUCUCUUGUUGACUAAGAAUGUUGCGUUCAACAUUCUGAAGGAGAAGACAGCGGUGGGAAUUAUGGACGCACUAUCUAACAUGUACGAGAAGCCAUCUGUAGCGAAUAAAGUUUUUCUGAUUAGAGAGCUCGUGAACACAAAAAUGAAAGAAGGCACUUCUGUUACCGAGCAUAUCAAUAAGCUGAAUUCGAUCUUAACCAGACUUGCGUCAGUGGGCAUUAAGUUCGAUGAUGAAGUUCAAGCUUUGCUACUGCUAUCGUCUUUGCCUGAUAGUUGGUCUGGAACGGUUACAGCGGUUACCGGUUCAGUGGGACCUGAUGGAUUCACCUUUGAUCAGAUUCGAGAUCUCGUUCUUGGCGAGGACGUUAGAAGAAAGAGUUCUAGGGAGUCAUCUUGUGAAUUGUUACAUGUUGGCAGAGGCAGAAGAAAUAGCAGAGAUAAUGGGAGCAGGAACAGACGAAGGAGUCAGUCGAAGACUCGGGAUAGCUCAGGCGUAACGUGUUGGAAGUGCAAGGAGGUGGGGCAUUUCAGGAAUCAGUUCCCGAAAGAGGAUAAAGAAGUGAACAUUUCUAGAGGCUCCGCAAGUGACGAGGAGGUCACUUUGACUUGCUGUGAGGAAAGCAAUGUGGAUUCCUGGGUCAUGGAUUCUGGUGCUUCAUUUCAUGCUACCCACAGUGGUGAAGCAUUGCAGAAUCUAGUUAUUGGAGACUUUGGAAAGGUACGACUUGCAGACGAUAGAGCUCUUGAGGUGAUGGGCAUGGGUGACAUAGUGCUGAAGAUCCUAGUCGGUUUCUGGACUUUGAAGGAUGUCAGAGUUAUUCCAGCCUUGAAGAAAAGUUUGAUUUCUGUCAGGCAGUUGGACGAACAGGGACAUGAGGUGAAGUUCAUAGAUGGGCAGUGGAAGGUCGUGAAGGGAAUUCUUGUCAUGGCCCGUGGAAAGAAGAAAGGUUUGUUGUAUAUUCUCGAGUUACCAUCUGAGGGAGUGACCGUCCCAGUUCAGAAGAGAAACAAAGUCCGGUUCACAGAGUCUCAUGAGCAGAAUAAGGUUGUCUAUGCAAGAGAGAAACCUAGAGCCACAGGUCAGACUCAAGAUGAACGAGCGAGGAAAGGUUCAAGGAGGCCAGUCAGAGGAAUUUAUGGCAGUGGGAGCUCAAGAGGCGCUUCAGCCAAGUUUCCUAGAAGACAAUGGGUUAGGAGAACCAGUAUUCCAGCUGUUGGAACAUCUCCAGAAAAUUUCUUGAUUGGUAUGGAGAAUGUUUGUUCUCAGGAUGUUCCAGGAUCCCGCAGUAUGCGUCUGCAGUGGGAGCCGGUAGGGACCGAGGACGAGUCAGGGGCAGAUUUUGCCGUGACUGAUGUGUUGGAGCUUGGGAGAGCUUCAACGGGCCUUUCAGUUGUCUGAUGAGAGGGCCGCUACAACAGGAGAGUUGAGGAAGAUUACUCGAUGUACGGGCAAUCGUGGCGGAUGGCAGUUGAUGACUAUCAAGCCUCCAAGUGGGAGAAUGUUGGGUUUGUGGAGGCUUGGGCUUGACUUGUUGGCCUGGCCCAUGUAACGAAACCCUAGAGGCGCUCUUCCUAUAUAUAUUGCAUACUUGUACUUGUAAUCGGCACCACAAGUGAAAUAAGAAAUUCCUCCUGUU